AUGCCUCAAGCAAAGAAGAAAAGCACAGCGCCCCUGACCCCAGCGGCCCCAGGCCGUGUCCAAGGCCGACUGCGGAGCCUGCUGUCUCCCGCGCUGUGCUGCGCCUGUGGCUUGUGCGUGCUGCUGGCCGGCCUGAACGUGACCCUGGUGGGAGCUUUCGCAGCCUCCCUGCCUGGGCACAGCGCGCCACUGGUGGUGGGGCCGGCGCUGCUCGUGCUGGCGCUUGGAUUCUUCGCUGCCUGCUGCGUCUGCAGCCGCCGGAGGCCCGUGUCCCGGGCGCGUUCCUCAGCCACCGCCGGCCAGGGUGGCAGGAGCGCAGGGACCGUGGCACUGGAAAUGGAGAGCAGCGAGCGCACAGCGCAAGACACCACCGCAGUGCAGCUCAGUCCUGCCGCCUCGGCCGCGUCCUCUGGCCACUCCAGCCCAGGGCGCGGUGAUCUCUUCGCCCUGGAUCCUCCUGUGCCAGCAACCUCGGCCAGCUACUUGCCGCACACCGAAGGGACCCAGCUCAACUUCCCUAGGGACCUGGUUGCCUCGUAA